UAUAUAAGAAGUUGUAAAAAAAUUGUAUUACGUGACCAGUGGUCCUUUUCAACUUUUAUCCAACUUCUUAAUAUUUGUCAAAGUGCCCAGCUAACUCGUGUAGAAAUUAAGCUGUGAUCAAAUAAGAGAGAGAUAUCAAAACAUUUUCGAUGUUUGACUUUUAAUUAUUUCUUCAAUGUCUUCACCGCCAAAAGGCCAAAUUUUCCACGCCGGUGCUGUAUUUGAUCCAAGUCAAUGGCUUCAAAACCUUUCUCGCUAUCUCUGAUCACUAUCAUUUUGGCUUGCCUUUCUUCAACCAUAAACUGCCGCCUCCGAAGAUCACCAUGCAGAGGAUCACUAGCUUUUUCAGGUUUUGCAGAGGACGAGCCAAGUUGAAGAGAAGGGCGGCGGCAAUGGGUUUUAUGAACCAUCAUCAUCAGACAGCAAUUAGCAGCGGCCAAGAAGGAAUAAAGACCGUUGGGGUGGAUAAUCAUAAUCUAUGCGACUUUUCAAGCAACUCGGAUCUCUGCAUUUGCAUUGUCACUUGGAACAUGAAUGGAAAGGUCUCUUACGAAGAUCUAGCAGAACUUGUAGGGAGCAGCCGAAAGUUUGAUCUUCUCGUUGUUGGGUUGCAGGAGGUUCCACGAGACAACAUUCUACGGCUAUUGCAGGCGGCUCUAGAAGAAACACAUAUUGUGUUAGGGAAGGCCAUAAUGCAAUCUCUGCAGCUGUAUGUUUUUGGACCAAAGAACUCAGACUUGUUAGUCAAAGUAGAAUUGCAGGUGGAUAAGCAUUCCGUUGGGGGAUUUGGGGGAUUAAUUAGGAGGAAGAAAGGGGCCGUGGCAAUCCGCAUCAAUUACAAAGGCUUCCGAAUGGUGUUCAUAACAUGCCAUCUCUCCGCUCAUGCAAGCAAAGUAGAAGAGCGAAAUUGUCAGUGCAAACACAUAUCACACUCUCUCUUUUCCAAGAAUUGGAACCCUUAUGCCAAGCCAGCUCACAUCACUGUGUGGUUAGGAGAUCUUAAUUAUAGGAUACAGGGCAUCGAUACACACCCGGCACGAAAUUUAAUUCAAAAAGAUCUUCACGGAACGCUAACCAGCAACGAUCAACUCUUACAAGAGGCUGAAAGAGGACACAUCUUCAAUGGGUACUGCGAAGGGACAUUGACAUUCAAACCGACAUACAAAUAUAAUGUUGGAAGUAGCAAGUACGAUACUAGUUACAAGGUAAGAGUUCCAGCUUGGACAGAUCGAAUAUUGUUCAAGAUAGAAGACGCCAAAAAAAUAAAUGCGACUUUACGUUUUUAUGAAUCAAUGGAUGAUAUAUACAGUUCGGAUCAUAAACCAGUGAAAGCUCAUCUCUGUUUAAAACUUAACAAAUUGUUGUCGGCGUAAAAAAUGUUGUACACCAAUCUCUUUGUUUUUUUGUUUUUU